AUGGUGAAGCCGAAGCCGAAGGAGCGGGGGGAUCGGGAACAGCGGAAUCUGAACGAACAUCACGCGCGAAGGGAACAACAGCGCGCGCGGCACGAUGGCGCGGUGAACGGCGCGGGCGGUGGGAAACGGGGGGGGGCGAGAGAUUUGGAGGAUUUGAUCGCGCGCGUCGAGGACGCCGAGGACGCUGCGGCGGUGGAGCGCGUGUUGCGGCAAUCCGUCUUCAAACCGGGCGCACCGGCGUACACGACCGUAAUCAAGGCGUGUGGGAAAGCGUCGCAGUGGGAAAAAGCGCUCAAGGCGUACGAGAUGAUGACGAAGUUACACGGCGCCAAGCCGAACACGAUAACGUUUUCGGCGUUGAUCAACGCGCUGGGCAAGGCAAAACAGUGCGACAGGGCGUUUCAAAUCUUCGACGAGAUGAAUGAUCGAGGAAUCGAGCCGAACAUUUUCACUUACUCCGCACUUUUGGGCGCGUGUGCCAGGGCGAAGCAGUACCAGAGAGCGAUGGACAUCUUUCAAGACUUGAUUGAAAAUCAUCGCGACGUCGAAGUCGAUCGAAUCACGUACGGCGCCGCGAUUCAGUGUUGCGUGCAAGGUCGGCGAGCGGACAAGGCAAUUGAAAUUUUCGAGCGAAUGCUUGCGUCUGGAAUCAAGGGGAACAUCAUCACCUACAACGCCGUGCUGAUGGCGUGCGAGAAGAGCGGCGACUCGGAUGGGGCGCAGGAGAUGUUUGAACGCAUGAGCGCCGAGCAAGUUCCGAUGGAUCGCGCGACGUUUCACGCCAUGAUUGGCGCGUGCGAUCGCGCUCGACAGCUUUCCAAAGUGAUGGACUACUAUCACAUGAUGCCAGAGCGCGGCGUUACGCCAGAUGCGGGGACUGUGUCGAACGUUUUGAUGGCGUGCAGUAACGCCAAGGACCCUUUAACGGCGAUUAAAGUGUACCACGACGCUCGAGCGAAGUUUGACGUCCAUCGCACGCCCGGCAUGUUCAACAACCUCAUCGGUGCGUUACACCGUGGCAAGCGAUAUGACUUGGUUUACGAACAGCUGUUUCACGAUAGUAUGACGCAAAGUGCGCUCUCGGUGUCGACGUACGUUCAUCUCAUGAUGGCGUGCGAGCGAUUCGGUAACUGGGAGAAAUCUUUUCAACUUUUUGAAGAGUUCAAAAGACACUCUCCUUCGAGCGUAGAUUCAUACGUCUGGACGCGAGUGUUUUACGCGUGCGGACGAUUUGAAAGUGACGAUCCGGUAUGGAAGAAUGGAGCCAUUCCUGGGUACACGAGUCCGACGCUCCAACGCGCGCAAGCCACGAUGCGAGCGCUUUGGGCCGAGUACAAGUCGAAAUUGAGCGUGUUUAAAGAAAUCAGCGCGGUGGCGGCGCGAGUCAGCAGAGCUGGUAGCAAUCAUCCGUCGGCACAAAGUGACGUCGACGCGUCUCUCGCUUUGGCGUCGGCGAAGCAUUCAGAGCUCGCGCAGACGCACGAGGCGGCGCCCGCCGCGGAGUCAGCCGUCGAACAAGAAUUCGUGCAAUUGAUCAACGCAUACAGAUCCGCCGCGGCGGCGGCAGCGCGAUGCUCUGAUCCGAGCACGGUUCUAGAUAUCCUUCGCACGUGCGAGUACGACGGAAUUCCACAGGAUUCGGUGAUUUACGGCGCUUUCGUCGCCGCGCUCGCCCUCAACGGCGACCGCGUGGGGGCGAAUGAAAAGUUCAGAGAGAUGUUCACGUUGGGAUUACAGCCGGGCGUGGCGGUGUACGCUGCGCUCGCGCGAGCUGCUGCACGAGCGGGUGACGCUAAUACCGCGCUCAGUCUCGCCGAGGAUGUGAGAUCCAUGGUCGGAAGCUCGGUGGGCGACGGCGCCAUCAUCGACGCGGUGGUGGCGGCGUGCGAGGCCGGAGGGGACUGGACGCGCGGCGCGAGUUUGUUCACAAUGUGGGCGGCAAAUGGCGUCCAGGGGGCGAACGACGAAUUGCGACGUGCAAUCGCGGCGAGCAGUGGCCUCGAUCCGGGGCCCACGAGACGGGGCACAAGUGUGUACAACGCUUUCCGACGCGAACCGCCGGCUGAGUCCCAAGGCGUCGCCGCCCCGCGAGAUGCAAAAACGACGACGCUCACGGCGAAAGUUCAACCGUUCGUCCCGCGGGGAAGACCUUCGGUGCUGCGUGACGACGCAAAAUCGAGCGAAUCGAAGUCACCGCCAGAUGAAGGAGAAAAUCCUCCGGACGAAGCUUUGUGAAUGGGCGCCGCGGCGUCUGACAACCGACGAGUCGAGUCGUUUCAUUCACCGACGC